AUGCAAGCACGCGGCCCCCUGGCCCCUGGAAGGCAGAAGAGGCGAAAGGGUUUCAGGACUCCUGGAGAGCCCGCGACCGAGCCUGACAGCGCUGCACUGACGCCUCUGGAUCUUGUCCGCUCACACAUUCUCCUCGUCACCCUUCAUACCAAGUCUGUGAGCAGUAUUGGCGGCCUCCUGCUACACGUGUUCCCAGAACGCACCGCUAGAGUCCAUCGAUCUGAUCUGGCUGGAGUCGUCGCGAAGAAUGUUCCCCAUCGCAGCAUCCAUGCGCGCGAUACGGGCUCUGUGAAGACCCUGAAUGGCAACGCUGAGGCUGGCCUUAGCUGCACUGGCUCGUUAUACACCGGUCAGAGCGUGGAAGGGAUAUCUGAAAGCGACGGCGAGACCCUCGGAGAUCGUUUGAAAUUGGUACAGGCCAAGCCAGGGGGGGCGCCUGGCCGCCAGGAAGAGAUAACGGAAAGGAAACCCGAGUUAGGAGGCCGAGUAGUCGCCGACCAUGGGCCCGCGUAUCGUGGGUUGGAAGUUCCGGGACGCUGCAUGCACAGGAAAGCGCUAUGUCUAUUACGCAUGAAGCUGCAUAGGCGAUCAGACAUUGAAUCUUCUGAGCAGGACACUUCCCUCGUCCAGUCCCUUCGAUUCCCUCACGGCGCCGCGCCUCUCGUCGACCGCCCUUUGCAGAGUGCGUCAAGAGACCCGGGACCAAAGCGCAUCGCCCCGCGCGGGCUCAUCAAUGUCCUCGGCCUCGUCUGUCCUUGUAUCAACGUAUCCAUCCAUGACGUUUCCAUGCUCUCCGCUACACCCAGUACCACCACCGCUUCUCACUUCGACGUCCUCCCGCCACCACAAUCCCGCAGCCUGACCAUAUCUGGGGAGCUUCCCGUCAACAGCCGGGCCGCCUGGGCGACUCAGUGGCCAACACCGGACAAUACUGCAGCACCUUCCCAUACGCUGAUCCCAGGCGCUGGCAACUCCGCCCAGAGGUUUUGCCAAGGCACAAGAGUCGGGCUAUCGUUUGCGCAACGAUGCAGACUGGAAGCUCCUGGCCCUCAUGAACACGCUCAAUGCGACCAUACCCGCGGGCAGUGGUCCUCAAGCCAAGUUGAUCCGCGUCCUGUUUGGCAUGCUGCCCAACCAAAUCACCAAGGACAUCGCCCAAGCAUACAAAAGGACCCCGCUGUCGAGCAGAUCAUCGCUUUCAACCGGUCGUGGUCUAGUCAUCAGACCUACGUCCGGCGUCUUGAGGCCAGAAACGAGGAGAUGGAGUCGGAUCUCGACGCCAUGAGGGUUAGCCAAGAGUUGUCGGAGUAG